AGCGACUUCCGCCGGAAGUGGAGGCGCUAAACGGUAACGGACGAUGGAGGGCGGCAAACCCGCCGCUUUCGACCGGACGCCGGGAGCGGGUCGCGGCCGAGGCCGGGGAUUCGGCGGCGGUGGCGCUGCUGCCCCCGCCCCGCAGGCCCCGGGCCCCGGCGGGAGGACCCAGGGACACGGAGACGGAGCGCAGGAGAACGGGCUGUGCGUGGGCCCGGGGCCUGGGCCUGGCCUUGGCCUGGGGCCGGGAGCCGGGGCCGGCACCGCUAACGGGGCGGCCAUCGUGCAGGGCAACGGGGUCCAUGUGAAGAGCGGCAUCCAGCAGCAGGAACCCCUGAGGCAACCACGGAGCAGCCCGCCCGCCGCCGAGUAUUCAGAUAGCAACAGCCGAGGGCAGACGGCUUUGGGAUCUCACGACCAGUAUCUGCCUCACAGCACAAACACUGCCAUGGUUAAACCACAGAGGGUGGAAGUAGUCACCAUCCAAUCGAAACUAUCAGCAAGUGCACCAGAGUUCUACCCACCAGGCUUUGUGCCGUCGAAAGCAGUGCCAGACGAGACAUUUGUGGAAUUUGAAAUACCCUCUGACCUCUCACUUGCUGAUUAUCUCCAUGAUUUUCUGAGUCUCCUAACCUCUCAUCCUGGUAGCUUUGAGCUGGAGAUUGUGCAAUUCACGGAGAUGAUGAAUGGCUGGGUCAACACUGACGAAGCACUACAAGAAGUGGUGGAAAUAAUCUACCAGCAGGCGACCACAGUGCCCAACUUCACAUACACAGGGGCUCGACUGUGUAACUACCUUUCCCAGAACCUAACUAUCAACCCUAGAAACAGCAACUUCCGGCAGCUGCUAUUACAAAGGUGUCAGACGGAAUAUGUAAAGAGAGACGAAGCGGUGAAAGGUGAUGAGAAAACUAGGAAGACGUUCCAUUCAUUUGUGCUGUUCCUGGGUGAGCUGUAUCUCAACCUGGAGGUUAAAGGUCCAAAUGGAGCACCGACACGAGCUGAGAUUUUGCAGACAGGUCUUUGUGAAUUAUUGAAUUCACUGCUUUCUCAACCCGUGGAUGAUAACCUCAUCUGUGCUGUAAAAUUACUGAAGCUGACGGGAUCAGUGUUAGAAGAUGCCUGGAAGGGACAAGGGAAGCCAGACAUGAAUGAAAUAAUUCAGCGAAUUGAGAAUGUUGUUCUAGAUUCUAACUGUAGCAGGGAUGUAAAGCAGAUGUUGCUGAAGCUGGUGGAGCUACGGUCAAGUAACUGGGGUCGUGUUCACACAGCAGCAACAUAUAAUGAAGCUACACCUGAAAAUGAUCCCAACUAUUAUAUGAAUGAGCCUGUAUUUUAUUCAGCAGAGGGUAUCCCUCUCACUCCAGCAGACCCAGAUUACCUGGAAAAGUACCAGGAGAUGAUUGAUCGAGAAGAGCUGUUUCAAGGUUAUUCUGAUGAAGAUGGAGAUGCGUACCUGGAUGAUUCGGAAAACGAGAUGGAUCCAGAGAUGGAGGAAGCGUUUGAAAAGUUCUGCGCUGAAACAGAGAAAAAGAGGAAAUAGUGCAGAGAGGCGAGCAAAAGAUUCGUUAGAAAUCAAAAAAAGACAAAAAAAUUUGCGUUUUGAGUGUUUAUUUGAAAAAAAAGAACAAAAAAAACUUUUGAAUUUCAAAAGAUGUGCAGGUAAUUUAAAGACAAACCGAAGAAACAUUUUCAUUUUUCUUGUGCCAUUGAAAGCAUUGCAGGAAAAAUUCUGUUGGAAUCCACCUAAAACUGUUGAUGGCGAAUGCACCACAAAAAUGCCCAAGCAGAAUCUGCCGAUUAACAUAUGCUGUACUUUUAAUGAGACUCUUUUGUAAUAUAGUUUGUUAUAGUUUUAUUUUUAUGUAAAAGUUGCAAGUUCAAAACUAAAAUAAAACGAUUCUUUGUAAUGGGCUGCAUUGCUUUGUGAAGCACACUAAAGACUUCUACUUGCCUAACCAGUACGUAACUUGAAGAAGAAAAGAGGCUCACAGACCGAGUUAUAUACAUUAACAGGGAGACAGGGAGAUACAUGCCCCACACAAGCUGAUUAGGCUAAAGAGAUGUACACGUGUACACAAACCGAUAGUUACAGGUCAAGAGAGGAAAUGAGAAUUACAGCGCACCACAAUGAUGAGGGUGUGGGGAGGGAGAUAUGCUUGCAUUCACACACAGCAAUUGACAAAGGACAUGUAUACAGAUUGGCAGUUUGCCAACAAUAAAGUGCACUUUAAUCACCCAUGCUAAAUUUCUAACAAAUUAGGAACUAGUAGGUGAAUGAAUGUGUCAUAUGCUUAAAGAUAUUUGUAUAUUGUAAUGUUUUGGUUAUCCCUUUCUGUAUUACCUGAAGAUCCGUCAGUUCCAAAACCUGCUUAUUAGUUACCAUGGCCUUGCACUGCCAGACACCUGUUGUUUCCAUGUCUGUUGUUUCCUAUUGCAAAGUGAGCCGUGCUUGACCAGGCAAAAAUGGUAGGCAGGCAAAGACCAUCAAAUCCUUGCCUCACCUCACUUAACCUUAACUAGUCACUUCAUCAGAAUGUGGUGCUGCCAGUUUUCUUCAGGAUGAUUUGAGAGGGAGGAGUUGGGGAAGAAGAAAGAGUGAGUAAGACAUGUAUAUAUUAUAUAGAGUAACAGAUUUCUAAGGGAUGCUUCAGGUGCAGCGAGGGUUCUUUGCCAUUUUGGGACUCUUAAGUAGGCUCUUAAAUCCAGGUUGGUAGCACAGGAAUUUUCAAUUGUCCUUCUGCGUCAGUUGUGUCUCUUUCUCUGUUUCUCAGGAAUUUGUUUAUACAGUAUCUGGUUUGUGUAUGUGUGUACUUUCUGUUUUAACUGGAGCAAAACCUGGUUGUAAAUAAAGAAUAAAUGUUUUAAUUUGUCUCAAAUCGGCUCUUUGAGAGCAAAGCGCAAGGCGUCUUUUCUCACAAGGUUUAAAGUCGGUGGCGAUGAACUGCUCCACUGACUUGCACGCCCCAAUACAAGCUACCCCUGAUAGGAGUUUUAAAGUAUCCCCACUCCCUCACAGCAAGGAGCAUACCCAGCCUCUGAAUAGCACCAUCCACCAAUAACUUGCUGCCUGGGGAAAUAGGUAGAUUCAGUACACCAGGAGGGCUAGCCUUCAAAGCGUAGUCACUGCUUGUAGUCAGAGUUACUAUUAUGUUCAAAACCCAGAGCCCAAACAGCAUCUGCACUCGGCAGCAGUUCCAAGCAGGGUUGUACCCUCAGCUACGAUAAGACCGUCGCCUUCAAGCAGCAGGCCCAGCAACAGAGCAGUGCCUUCGUUUUUCAGUCGUAUUUACUUGAAUUGUAGAUGUUUACACUGUUCCUAAUUUGUAUAUAACAAUGCAUGAGAGAACCUUGUGGUCUUUUUUUCCUUCCCUACUGCUGGUAAAUAAAUUUUGAUGUGUUUGUAA